AUGGUUGAUAAGGUCCAGACAGAAGUUCCUAUUGCCAAGCAGGUUGAUGAUAUUCUAGAUAGUUCUAAAAAAGAUGCCAGGUUUUGCAAAAUAUUGAAGGAACUGUUGACUAAGAAGAGACUGAUCAAGCAUGACACUGUGAGUCUGACUUAUCAUGUUAGUUCUACCAUAUCCACUACUAGUGUUCAGAAGAAAGAGGAUCCAGGGGCCUUUACUAUUCCAUGUUCUGUUGGUCACCAUGAUUUUGCUCGUGCUUUAUGUGAUAAUGGGGCUAGCAUUAAUCUCAUGCCGCUUGCUAUCUAUAAGAAAUCGGGGUUGGGAAUGCCUAGACCUACCACCAUGAGACUACCGAUGGCUGAGAGAUCUAUGAAAAGGCCAGUUGGUGUUGUGGAUGAUGUGCUUAUUCACGUGGGUGAAUUCCUUCUAUCGGCUAAUUUUGUAAUUCUUGAUUAUGUUGCUGAUAGAGACAUUCCUAUCAUUUUGGGAAGACCUUUCCUUGCCACGAGAAGGGUUCUUAUGGAUUCAGAGAAGAACGAGAUCAAGUUCCGUGUCAAUGAAUGA